AUGAAAAAGCACCGGAGCAGUAGGCCAUACUUGAAAUGCAGACUAAAGUUUGACUGGCACAUCAAGUCUCAUGAUACAUCAAAUUGUUUCCUGAAUUCUUUGGUUGAAUUUCUUCUGGAAAAAGGUUUCAAACGACCUGAAAAGGUUAAGCGAAGUAGGGGACAAAGUGUUAUGAAGCCCGCGACUUGUAAUCCGCAAAGAACAAAAGACAUAAACGUUUCGGAAAGGGACAACGCUGUGGAUAAAACCCGGAAGUCUUCGUUCGCUUUGAUUGGAAUGCGCUCAGUAUUACGUAGUAUGCAAAGGGAUGUGUUGUCAGCAGUAUUCUUUGACACAGUCACAAUCAAGCCAUCAGCAGUUACAACUACUUUGGGACUGUAUGCUACCAGCUUACAGAAUACGAAGGUAUACGCUAUCUCUGGUUUAAACGCUGCUCUUUCAACAGCUCUUAAUAUGCCAAUGGUGGGAGCUGUAGGAUUGAAAAACAUACCGGCCACUAAAGAACUUUGUGAUUUGGCAGUCCAUUCAUUCACCAGUGUCAGCAUUUCAAAUAAAGAAAAAUCUCUAUCGACUGCCGUAACAACUGAAUUGCAAAUUCCGACUGGAAAAAAGAAAUAA